UCUUUAAAUGAAAAUUUGUAAUUUUGUCAAAGAUAAUCAAGCUUGUUUUGGAGUUUAUUUUCUCAAAUUUUCUGCCCACCGAGUAUAUAUGCUUGGUGUCAUGAAAGUCGCAGACAUUUGCACGUUGUCCUUAGUUAUGAAGUAUGCUCACAUGCGCAAAACCAACAAAAAUUGGUUAGACAGCAAAUAUGUUUUCCCCAAAUAGAGCAUAUUCACAAUAAUCAUUUCUAAGUUUAUAAAAAAGAAAGUUAUGAGAAAACUGUUUUAAAUUAUUUUAGAAAGAAUGUAACUUGAUAAUUAGUAUUUUUGUAUUCAAUAAUUAAUUGGUUCAGUCGAAUCGAAUAGAAUGUUACGUGCUCCAUAGGUUAUACUUCUUAAGAAGCAUUUGAUGUCAAUAGUUUUUAUCUAAUUUCAAUACAAAUUUAUUUUUUAAGCUUUGUCUUUUAUUAAUCUUCUGUAAUCUACAUAAAUGGAAACUAAACCGAAAAGUGAACAUUUGUUAGAAUUAAAAGUGAUGAGAUUAACAAGACCCACACUUGCAAGUCCAGUAGUUGUCACAUGUGAUUCAACAGAUCUUCCUGGUAACACAUUAAACAAUGAGCUUAAAAAUGAUUGUACUGCUUUACAAGGAAUGGAAACUCUUGCAGUAGGACAGUUUAUGGUGUUACCACAAAGUUUUGGGAACAUUUACUUAGGUGAAAUAUUUUCAAGUUAUCUUUGUGUACAUAAUGGUAGCAGUCAGUUGGUAAAAAAUGUUACCGUAAGAGCUGAUUUACAAACAAGCACCCAAAUUAUUUCUCUUUGUGGUAGUAGUGGAGAAAUGAAAGAUUUGGCACCUGAUAAUACAGUUGAUGAAGUAAUACACCAUGAAGUGAAAGAAAUAGGAACACAUAUAUUGGUGUGUGAAGUAACUUACACAUCUACAAAUUUAGGUGGCACAUCACAAUCAUUCAGAAAAUAUUUUAAAUUUCAAGUAGUCAAACCAUUAGAUGUAAAAACAAAGUUUUAUAAUGCAGAGUCAGAUGAAGUAUACUUAGAAGCACAGAUACAGAAUCUCACAGCGGGUCCAAUAUGUUUAGAAAAAGUUGCGCUUGAAUCAUCUCAUUUAUUUAGUGUAUCAACAUUAAAUACAAAUGAAAAAGGUGAAUCUAUUUAUGGGUUAGUUAAUUUAUUAGAUACUGAUUGCAGCAGGCAAUACCUGUAUUGUUUAAAACCACAAUUAAGUUUAUUGAAAGACCCAAAAAUGAUGCACAAUGCAACUAAUAUUGGUAAAUUAGAUAUUGUAUGGAGAAGUAAUUUAGGGGAAAGGGGAAGAUUACAAACAAGUCAGUUACAAAGAAUGGCACCUGAAUAUGGUGAUAUAAGGGUUACUAUGAAAGAUAUUCCUUUAACAGUUUAUCUUGAACAAUCGGUUAAUUUUAAUUGCCACAUAAUUAAUACGUCGGAAAGAAGCAUGGAUUUGAUGUUAAGUUUGGAAUCAAAUAAUUCCAUAGCAUGGUGUGGUAUAUCUAAUACAACAAUAGGAACAUUAAAACCUGGAAUAUCAAUAGAUAUUCCUUUAUGCUUAAUUGCAUUACGUAGUGGUAUUAUUACUAUUUCAGGAUUAAAAUUAGUGGAUACAUUUUUGAAGAGGGUAUAUGAUUAUGACAAUUUAGCGCAGAUAUUUGUUAGUCAAAAAGACUAAUUUAUUAUUUAAUAAAUUAAUAAAGUAUAUUUAUUGAAUUCUU